AAAGGAGAGGUGAGCUUGCACUUGCAGACGCAGCCGAAAGUGAGAAAUGGUGCUGGAUUCCCGGAACAUGGCGGACAAGAGGACGAAACAGCUGAAUUAUCCAAUCUCAUUUUAAGAACUUUCCCUUCUCUCUUGUUCCUACGAAACGGUUUCUCUCAAGAACGGCAGCUAUGGAGGCUGGAAGGUUACCUGACAGAGUAUUGAAGGAGGAUAACUCUUCCUCGAAUCAUACGGACGCCGUUAUAUUCUUUGGGAUCUCUCUGGCGUUGGGCGUGGCCUGUAGGCAUCUUCUUCGCGGGUCGAAAAUCCCUUACACAGUGGCUCUGCUUGUACUCGGCAUUGGAGUUGGAGCUUUGGAAUUUGGUACAAGCCACAGAUUAGGAAAGAUUGGGGAUGGCAUUCGUAUUUGGGCAAAUAUUGAUCCCAGUCUUCUAUUGGCUGUUUUUCUUCCAGCUCUUCUUUUUGAGAGUUCAUUUUCAAUGGAAGUGCACCAAAUAAAGAGAUGUAUGGUGCAAAUGCUUCUGCUUGCUGGUCCGGGCGUUUUGAUUUCUACCUUAUUUCUUGGAUCUUUCUUGAAGUUUACUUUCCCAUAUGAAUGGAGCUGGAAAAUAUCACUGCUGCUUGGGGGACUUCUAAGUGCUACUGACCCUGUGGCUGUUGUGGCUUUAUUGAAAGAUCUUGGUGCAAGCAAAAAGCUAAAUACAAUAAUUGAAGGAGAAUCCUUGAUGAACGACGGGACUGCAAUUGUUGUCUAUCAGCUCUUAUAUCAAAUGGUCCUAGGUCAUAACUUCAGUUGGGGAGCCACUUUCAAAUUUCUAACACAAGUCUCACUUGGAGCUGUAGGGAUUGGCACUGCCUUUGGUAUAGCAUCUGUUUGGUGGCUUGGGUUUAUUUUCAAUGACACAGUGAUAGAGAUUGCACUGACACUUGCAGUGAGCUACAUUGCAUACUUCACUGCUCAAGAGGGGGCUGAUGUUUCUGGUGUAUUGACAGUGAUGGUUUUGGGGAUGUUUUAUGCUGCUGUUGCUAGGACAGCCUUCAAGGGUGAUAGCCAGCAAAGUUUGCAUCAUUUUUGGGAGAUGGUUGCCUAUAUUGCAAAUACCUUGAUCUUCAUCUUGAGUGGCGUUGUUAUUGCUGAAGGUGUUCUGAGCAGUGGUCAUAUAUUUGAAAGACAUGGAAAUACAUGGGGCUACCUUAUCCUUCUUUAUGUUUUGGUGCAAGUUUCUCGGGUUAUAGUUGUUGGACUAUUGUAUCCCUUUCUGCGAUAUUUUGGUUAUGGUCUAGAUUGGAAGGAAGCUACUAUACUUAUAUGGUCAGGUUUACGAGGGGCUGUGGCAUUAUCACUUUCAUUGUCAGUCAAGCGUUCAAGCGACCACUCAUCUCAUCUUACUUCAGAAACAGGAAUUCUGUUUGUUUUCUUCACUGGUGGAAUUGUCUUCUUGACACUCAUAGUAAAUGGGUCAACUACACAGUUUAUAUUACACGUACUCAGUAUGGAUAAGUUGUCAGCAGCAAAGAAGCGGAUAUUGGACUACACGAAAUAUGAAAUGCAGAGAAAAGCACUGGAAACUUUUGGUGAUCUUGGAGAUGAUGAGGACCUAGGACCUGCUGAUUGGCCUACAGUUAAGAGGUAUAUUACAAGCCUGAAUAACAUAGAAGUGGCUCGUGUCCACCCUCAUAGCACGACUGAUGGUGAUAAUCUAGGCCUUAUGAAUUUGAAAGAUGUACGCGUACGCUUAUUAAAUGGGGUUCAAGCUGCUUACUGGAGAAUGCUUGAUGAGGGAAGGAUAAGACAAAAUACUGCAAAUCUGUUGAUGCAAUCAGUGGAUGAAGCAAUUGACUUAGUCUCUCAUGAGCCUUUAUCUGACUGGAAAGGUUUAAAAUCUCAUGUUCAGUUUCCAAAUUAUUACAAGUUCUUCCAGACCAGCAUCUGUCCACAAAAAUUAAUCACAUAUUUUACUGUGGAAAAGUUGGAAUCUGCAUGUUAUAUUUGUGCUGCAUUUCUCCGAGCUCAUCGAAUUGCAAGGAGGCAACUACGUGACUUCAUUGGUGAGAGUGAAAUUUCUUCUAUUGUAAUUAAUGAAAGUGAGGCAGAAGGGGAGGAAGCACGAACGUUCCUGGAAGAUGUUCGUGUUGCAUUUCCUCAGGUUUUGCGUGUUGUGAAAACAAGGCAAGUAACAUAUUCGAUGUUGAAACAUCUAAGUGAUUAUGUCCAAAAUCUUGAGGAAGUUGGGUUAUUGGAACAAAAAGAGAUGCUUCAUCUUCAUGAUGCUGUCCAGACUGACUUAAAAAAGCUUCUAAGGAAUCCACCUGUAGUAAAGAUUCCGAGAAAAAGUGAUUUGAUUAGCGGACAUCCUUUGUUUGGGGUCCUUCCUUCUACAAUCAGUGAGCCACUUAAAGGCUCAACUAAAGAAAUUAUGGAAUCACGUGGCACAACACUUUACCGAGAGGGCUCUAAUCCAAAUGGCAUCUGGCUUAUUUCUAAUGGUUUGGUCAAGUGGGCAAGUAUUAGCUUAAGCAACAAGCACUCAUUGCAUCCAAUAUUUACUCAUGGGAGUACACUGGGCUUAUAUGAGAUCCUGUCUGGAAGGCCUUGUAUCUGUGACAUGAUCACAGACUCUGUGGUCCUAUGUUUCUUCACUGAAAUUGACAAGAAGAUGCUUUCUCAGCUGAGGUCAUAUCCUGAAGUAGAAGAGUUUCUGUGGCAGGAAAGUGUUAUCAUUCUUGCCAAAUUGCUGCUUCCUCAAAUAUUUGAGGAAAUGGCAAUGCAGGAUUUGAGAGCACUUGUAGAGGGGUCAGUAAUGACCAUGUAUAUAAGAGGAGAAACCAUUGAAAUCCCUCAUCAUUCGAUUGGCAUUCUUUUGGAAGGAUACGUAAAAGCCCAAGGUGUUUCAGAAGAACUGAUUACAUCACCAGCAUCACUGUUUCCUACAUGUGAAAAUCAAAGUUUCCAAAGUUUAGAAACACCAGGUGUGAGGGCAUCCAGUUUCUCUUAUCAGGGAUCUUUGUACCAGGCUGAUUCAAGAGCUAGGAUAAUAAUUUUUGACAUUGCUGCAUUUGAAGUUGAAAAUACUUUUCAAAGAAGGCCAUCCUCUUUGGUGUCAUAUUCGGCUGAUAGGUCCCUAAAUAGAGAACAUGGUGAUCUUAUGAGUUGGCCUGAACAUGUCUACAAGCAUAGACUACAUAAUCUGAGCUUCGGAGGCACUGAUCAACGAGCAAACAACUUGUCAACAAAAGCGAUGUGGCUGAGCAUCUUUGGCAGCAUGGUUGAUCAUCCAUGGCAUACCCGACGAAGUACCCAAGUCAGGCUACCGCGUAGCAUGUCAUAUCCGAGAUCUCCAUCAAAUGAUGGGCGUCCACUUGUGUCUAUCAGAUCAGAAGGGGUGGCUACUAUGAGAAAAAACCUUGUAGCAAGAAAUUUCAUUGCACAAAAUCCUGCUCCUCCAUUACAAAGUGCAGGCACAAAAAAGAGUUAUAUAAUUGAAGAUUCGAGUGACGAGUCUGGUGCUGAUGAUGAAGUCAUAGUAACAAUUGAUUCGCCAAGUAGGCUUUCUUUUCGUCAAGCUUCUUAGUUCGCGUACUUCCUGAAUAAUCUCAGUUAUAUAUCAGUUGAAAUUUUAUAAGAUGUGUUGCAUCUUUUGCAUGCAUAUAGGAAUCUUGAGUACCCAAUAUUUAUCCUGAGAGCUGAAUCUUAAUUAGGGACCUAUUGAACAAUGAGCUUGAGAACUUGAUUAUGACUUUUUAUGUUGUAAUUAAUUGAGUAUUGAUGUUUGUGACA